AUAAAACUGUAGCCAAAAAAAGAGACGUAGCCUUUGAGGAAAGGACCGACAACGAAAGGACAUUUUAUAGUCUAGAUCUACAUAUUGCUAGUCUCUAUAUUGUAAUAUUCAAGACUAGUUUUAGAUAGCACCGAUCCAAAAAUAAAAUGUCAAAAAAAACUGUUGAGUUUUUUUAUGAUGUUGUUUCCCCUUACACUUGGUUUGCUUUCGAGGUUCUAUGUCGUUACCAACACAGAUGGAACAUCACACUUAAGUUACGGCCCUUUUAUCUUGGAGCCAUUAUGAAUGAUUCAGGGAAUAGACCUCCUGCAAUGGUACCCAACAAAGGAACAUACAUGUUGAAAGAUGUCCCUAGAUGUGCUAAGUAUUUUGAUGUUCCUCUCAAAUUUCCAAAGAAUGUUCCAGAAAUGAUGUUUGUCAAAGGCUCACUAUCAGCCCAAAGAUUUUUAACUGCAGUAGAAAUGAAUAAACCACAAAUGUUGGAGAAAGUCUCCCGAGAAUUGUGGAUGAGAAACUGGUCAAGGGAUGAAGAUAUUACUGAGGCCAAAAGUUUUACAGAAGCAGCUCAGAAUGCUGGGAUGUCAGAUCAGGAUAUAGCUGCCAUUUUGCCUUUGAUUAAAGAUGAAUCUGUCAAAAAUAGACUGAAAGCGACUACAAAAGAAGCCUAUGAUCUUGGGGCUUUUGGCUCCCCCAUGAUUGUAACUGAAGUAGAUGGCAAGAAGGAAUGGGUAUUUGGUAGCGAUAGAUUCCCAUUGUUUGCUGAACUGAUAGGUGAAAAAUGGGAGGGUCCAGUUCCAGGUGUGUCCAGCAAACUUUAACUGAAUCUUGUUGAAAUGUUGAUAUUUUAUGUACUAUAAAAUGUUUUAUGACUUAUGUCACUGUUAAUCUUGAUCACUUUAAAUUCAAACUGAAAAUUAUCAUGUUCUAAAAUAAAUUAUUGAGUGACAUUUAAAAAAAAGUUUAUAGAUAAUUGAACAACUAUAUUUUAUUUAUAUAGAAUAUCUUGAACAAUAAUGUUAUGUAUCUUGAAGUAUACAGUACAGAUGAUACAGAAAUAAACAAAACUUGGAAACAUGAUUACUAAGUGAUUUUAAUAAAUGAAACAAUAUUUUUUGUUUCCCAAACAUAA